GAAACUUGGGGCGGCUCGGCGGAAAAGCGAAACUUUGUCGGGCGGGAAGAGACAGGUCGGCCAGGCGAGCAGUGCCCAGGCCCGGGCCGGGGUGCUGACCACGCUUUGUGGCUGGGAAACAUGAAGUGCCCCGUGUGUCACGGUGUUUCUGGGGAUGAUUCUCCCGGUUCCUGCAGCAAGUGUGGGGCACGGCCAGUUCCUGGCACCGGGGACAAGGAUGCAGAAGGAAGAGAGGUGAUGCUCACUCCAGUCCCUGAUGCGGGAGCAGAGCCUGGAGGAGAGGUGAAGGCAGAAGCUGCUGCUGUGUCUCCUUCCACCACGGAAACAAAGGAGGCAGAAGGAGGAUCAGUGGUGGAGAAUGUGAGAGCUCUGAUCAGUACCUCAGGGGCCACACCUGGAGGCAGUGCAGAUGAGCCUCCUUCCUCCACUGAAAGGCAGCAGCAGGAGGAGGGAGCGUCGCUGCUGGAGGGUGUAACAGCUCCAAGUGACAGCUCAGAGGCUGCACCUCGGCGCAAGGCUGGUGGUUCCUCUCAGAAGAAGAAAAAGAAGAGUAAUAAAGCAAAGAAGGAUCCUUCCAGCUCUGGGGAGCAGGACUCUCUGCCUCCUCCAAGGGCAGCACCAGCUCAAACCACAGAAUUGCCUGUUACUCCAAAAGAGAUCCAAACCUCUGUCAGUGAAGGAGCCAAAGUGGGUGCUGAUGUACUCGCUGGUGACAGUGGAGGUGCACGUGAAAGUGACAAGGUGUUGAGUCACUUGGGAAAGGAAGCUGGAAGUCUGGAAGCAUCUGCAAAAGGCUGUCACAGGAGCACAGAUGUGAUGGCCCCACCAAAGCAGAGCAAUGGGGAUAAUGUGGCUGCCCCAUCUCCCAGCUCUGCAGCCUCAAAGGAGAAGGUGGGGGGUGGAAGUACCACACAGAGUGAAGGAAUGGUCAGGAGUAAUGUGGAAGGGGGUGUCCGUGCCCCAGCUGCUGGCCAGCUUCGAGGAACCAGACCAGAUCCCCAGUCCUCAGGCAGCAGCAAGAACUUGGCCUCAACAGGAGAGAGAGCAAGUGUUUCCUCAGGGAUGUCUCCUGGCAAGAAAGCACCUACAAGUAAGCCUGCAACGACUCCACCUGCUGAACAUCAAAGUCAAGGCACAAAGGCUCCAGCUGUGGUCAAAGGAUCUCAGGCUGGGAAGGAUAAAGAAGACACCAGGCAGAAAACAAACAGUUCUGCUUCCAAGAAUGAAGACCAAAAGGAGAAAAAGAAGACGACCCCAAGUGAGAAAAUCACUGAGAGGGCAAAUCAGAGCAAAGGACCUGAGGUUGCUAGAAAGGAUUAUGCUUCAGUUGUAGCAGGCAGUUCCAAGGACAAGAAGCAGCAAAACAACCAGAAACCAGAAACCAGAACCAGAAAUGUGAAUAUAAUUAAAGAAAGCCCCGUGAGCCGAAGCGAUGGUGUCAUGGUCUAUUUCCAUGCAAUUCUAUCCAAAGACUUCAAACUGAACCCUGAGGUGCAUAAAGUGUUCAUCAGGGCUGAGGGCAUCUCUCCCUAUGCAGACUGGGAGGACAAUAUUUGUGAGAUGAACUGCACCAAGCAUCUGGGAGAACACGGAUUCCUCAUCCAAGGCACUGCAACACUGGCAAAAGAACACAUAGAUAGAUGCAUUCCUUACAAAUACUGGGUUUCCUGUGGCCAAGGGAUGUAUGAAUAUAUCUACAAGCGUCCAGUGCUGGGGAGCUACGUGAAUCGCUGCUUACUGAUAAGAAGCAGCUUGCUGAACAAUGGAGAGUGGCACCAGUACGAUGACAUCGUGUGUGUGGAGCCGUCUAUAAUUUGGAGGAUGAUUCCUCGUGAUAAAACCAAAGACGUGGUGGAAGGGAAGAUAAUAGCUGCAAACGUUAUGUUGGAAAAUAUCUUCAGCAUUCUCGAAACCUGGAGUCCUGGCAACCUGAGAAACUUCCUCUUCCAGCUGAGGCAGUUUUACGCUGUUACAGUGGAGCCGCUGGUGCACGACGGCAAGAAAACGCCAUGGACAGAGUUGAACUUUGGCACGCUGCAGGUGAAUGUUCUGCUCCUGAAAUACCUGAAGAAGAUCGCUCUUCCUUUCUUUGCAGUCAGAGGCACACAAGCCUCACAGGAGGACAAAGUGAUAAAGAGCAAACUGACCCUGGGGUUCACCAUUCUCACAGUAGUUGAGUCCUUCUGGCUGCAGCCACUCCAGAGUGAUCUGGCUGACCUGUGCAGCCUCUUGUGCUUGGAUCAGGUGUCACAGCCAGCCAUACUGGAUGAGAUUCGGCACAUCAAAGAGGCUUUUGCAGCAGUUCCUGGAGGACUUGCAUGUUUGAAAACUUCCCUGAAAAGCUUGUGCCAGAGGUGCAUUGAUAACCAAGUGGACCACUGGGUGUGGAUUCUUCCUCUUCUGCAUUUCUUUGAUCCUCCUGUGCAGUGUGACCACAAGCUGAUGGAAGAAGAUGUCUGGGCAGGGCUGGAAGGGCUUUCAUUUGCUGCAACAAGGAAGCAGCAAGAAAAGGAGACUCUACUGCAGCUAAUGAAAGAGAAGAAAUACUUGAUGGAAUUUGAUGAGACUCUGGUCAAGUCCUGGAUCUCUGUUGUGCCCCUGGAGAGCCUGCCUGAAUUCAUAGAACACUUCUCCCAUGAUUUGUUAGUUACUCUUCGAGGUGUUUCUUACAGACUUGAGAACAUUGUCCCUCUGUGCAACAGUCCUAAGGUAACCAGGCUUCUGGAGACACUGCUGUGUGCCAUGGAUGAGAGACAGGCCAGAGCUCUGGAUGCUCACUCUUGGAAGUUCUGCUUGACAUGUUGCCUUCAGCUGCACCAGGUGGUCUGCAAGUCUGCAAAGGGGCUGUGGUUCAUGGACCCUGUCACUUCUGCCACAGUCAUUUCCAAGAUUGCUGAGCUUCAGCCCCCAGCAGUUCCAGGAGCUGCUGUGCAGGAAGAUGCAGUGGGAGAUGUAUUCAGUGAAGCUCUGAGACACGCUCGGACCUGGUUCAGGAAUGUUUUAAACCAGAAGUUACUGAAAGAACACCUGGACUGUGUGACGUUCUCUUUUCCCUGGGAACUUCGGGCCUGGAAUGAAUUUGUGAAGAUCAGCUUCCCAGAUGAGCAGUUCACUGCGAGGUGGAAGAAGACUUUACUUGCAGAUCUGGAGAGAAGAAUUCAGGAGGAGCUUCCAGUUCACCAGAUCUUGGCCUACUGCUGUCGUCACCACCAGUUUACCCAGCUUGACUCGUCCAUCGCCUGGUGUUUCUGUAAUUGUGCCACAGAGGCUGUAACUGCAGCUUGCCAGACUCAGAGCAAUCUCCUGGAGAAGAUCUCUUCCUACAACAUGGGCCAUUUCAGCCAGCUUGUAUCCACUAUCAUUGUGAAGUCGUGGCCUGCUGGGACUGGGCAGUCCAAGAGUGAUUUUGGUGGGAUUUUGCACCACUUGCUCACGUGGCCUGACAUCAAGCAGAUCUUCAGCUUCAGUGGAACAAACACAAAGCUCCUGAAAGAACUUACAGAUGAAGCAAAGAAUGUGAUGGCCACAGCAGACUCUGUGUUUGUGAGUGUCAUCGAUGACAUCCAGAAGGGAUGUGUCCUUGUGAAACAUCUGGAAGAGGUUUUCCAGCAUGAGCAGCAGUUCAUCUGUAUCUGGCAGAUAAAGCACCAGCAGCUGUUGCAUGAAGAAAAAGAACCACUCCAGAGAGAGCUGAAGGAAUUGCUGCAGAGGAGGCUGGAAGAAGUGACACUGCUCAGAAGAGAGCAGAAAGCAAUAGGAACCUUUCUGAGCAUGUGCAGAAGGGUGCAGGCAUCUGUGAGAGUGGAUGUAGGCGAAGUGGAAUCUCAACAUUUGGAAGAUCUUGGCUCAAAAAGACUGAAAACAGUUGUGAGUGUGGGAAAGAGACCCAUCCAGACCUACUACAGCAUGAGCCCCAAUCUGAAGGAGUUUGCCCUGAAAAUGCACUGUCUGAAGGACAGCCUGAUCUUCCAGCAGUUCUGGGAGGAGGCAGCACAGGAGGCAGGAGAGUGCUGUGGGAGCUCAGAGGAGCAGGAGGGAGACAAUGUUGUUCCUGCACUGGACCUUGAUAAUGUUUUCAGCAGUCUAAUCAGCCCUUGCUUUGUGAGCUAUGGAACGUUGUAUGAUGAUCUCAGGUCUGGGAGUCUCAAACUUUCUGCAGUUGACAGAAUCUUUAAGGAAUUCACCAAUCACCCUGAAGACAUCAAAACUGAACUGAAUGUCAUGUGUGAGCUCAGGCCUGGGCAGGACAGAGACUGGGUCGAGCAGCGGUUUCAGCAGAUCCAGCAGUACCAUGAAUUGCAUUUAGCUUUUGAGGCUGCAAAGAUCAUUGCCAGUGUCAAAGAGAGCUUAAACCUCGCUGGUGACUUCAGUAUCCUGGAAAACUUGCUGGACAUAACAGAAAAGCUCGAAUCAUACAAGACCCAAAAGCUGGAUUCCAUCAGCCCUGAGCUUAUGCAUGCCAAGAGAAAGCUGCAGGGGAUCACUGUGAAGCGGCGUGAGUGUCUGAGGGAGCUGGCCCAGCAGAAGGAGUUUGUUUCCUGGGUCAGAGAGGCACUGAAAGAUAUGAAUGAGCUGAAGGUAUUUGUAGACUUGGCGUCCAUCUCUGCUGGGGAGAACGACAUGGACGUGGGCCGUGUGGCCUGUUUCCACGAUGCUGUGCAUGGCUACUCCUCUCUGCUCUAUGAGCUCAGGCAGGACUCAGGCUUUGAGCACUUCUUGUGCUGCCUGUCGAAGCUGUGGCGAGCCCUGGACAGUGACAAGAGCCUUCCUGAGAAACUGCAUGCCUCAGCUCUGCACUUGGAGUGGCUGAAGACAGUGAAGGAGAGCCACGGGUCUGUGGAGCUGUCCUCCCUGUCACUGGCAGCUGCCAUCAACAGCAGAGGAAUCUAUGUUCUCAAAGCACCAGCUGAUGGCCAAAAGAUUUCUCUGGACAAUGUCCUGCACUUCACCCUCCUGGGGAGCUCAGAGGGUGAUGAGGCGUCACGGAAAUACUCGCUGGCAGAGCUGCGGGAACUGCAGAACAAACUGAUGCUCAUGUCAGCAAAGGGAGAGCAAGCCCUGGAGGUGGAGAAGUUCUCUGAGGUCUUUUCCAACAUCCAGAGACUGGCACAGGCCUUUAUAGACCUUUAUUCAGCUGGGAACAUGCUUUUCCGCUCCUGGCUUGCCCAUGUGUAUUGUUCACCCAAAAGAGAACCGUGUGUUCUUAUAGACUUCUCUUUGGGCCUGAUCCCAGUGCUGGAAGGGCAGGGAGAAAUGGCAGCUGUGCUCCCAGACCUCUGCAAGACCAUGGAGGGCUUCCUGGAGAGCUGGAAAAGCUUCAUGUGUGCAAAACGGUUCGAGCACUUCUACCUGAACUACUACACUGCUGAGCAGCUGGUGUAUCUGUGCAGGGAACUGGGGCAGGGCAGGCCCAGCCAGGCUGCCCUCAUGAUGCUUUCCUUCCUAAAACACAACUGCACUGAGGAGGAUGUCCUGAGAGCCUCCGAGAGCAAGGCGCCUUCCAGCUCGAGGAGGGCUGUUGCUGACCUGCAGGUGCUGCUGGCUGGAGAGCAGACCCUGAGUGCACAGCUGCAGCGCAUCUGGGGGUGCUACAUGAGCGACAUGGGCUCCUUCCUGCCGGGCUGCCUGGACAUGGACACGCUGGGGAGCUGGCUGGAGCGCCUGGCCCGCUGGGACGGGCGGCGGGUCACACGAGCCUUCCCCCGCGACCUGCUGUGUGUCGGGCAGCCCAACCUCAUCACCUGCCCUCGCUCCGAGCUGCUCACAGCUGCUCUGGCCAUUUACAUGAACAGCCCCAACCAGCCCCUUCCCACUUUUGAUGAAGUUCUGCUGUGCACUCCUCAGACCACUGCAGAGCAGGUGGGGCUGUUCCUCAGGAGGUGCCUCAUCCCCUGCAGCACAGGACAGAGAGUUUACAGCAUGCUGUACGCAGAGGAGCUGAGCUACGACGUGAGCUGCAGAGCAGAGGAGCUGUUCCAGCGCCUGCAGCACUGCCACAGCACCUACCGCCUCGUCAUCCUGUGCAGCUGCGAGAGGGAGCACAGCUACAUCCCUUCUGCCUUCAGCCAGUACAAAGUGCACAUGAUACCCCAGAGGCCACUGGCUGAAAUCCAGCAGUACCUGCAGCACCACUACAGAGUGGCUCAGCCUUCACGCUCAGCUGCCUCCGUGUUCAAGGACAAUAUGUGUGUUGGGAUCGUGGCCUCCCAAAGAGCUGGUGUAGGGAAGUCUCUGUAUGUGAAGAGGCUGCAUGAGAGACUGCAAGAAGAGCAGCCUGGCUGUACAGAACUUCUGCAAACCAUCAGGCUAAUUGAACCAGAAGUGGAUGAAGAUGAAGUGCUGAAAUCUCUUCUGCCUUUUCUGAAGAGAGAUCACCAGACAAAGCCCAUGAUAUUCCAUUUUGACAUCACCUCUUCAGUACGAAGAGGAAUCCCAGAGUUCCUGUUCAAGCUGUUGGUUUUGCAGCAUCUGACAGAUAAUAAUGGCAAUAUGUGGCUACGACAGCAGUGCCAUUUGUACAUCAUUGAGAUCCUUGAGGUGCUGCCAGUGCCAAACAGAGCAGCAAGGCAGAUGUCAGCAAGCCAGAGGUACAAUUUCCUGGAUGUGUUCCCUAAAGUAAUGUGCAAGUCCCCCAAGGAAGUGCUAGAAAUGGAGACACUUGGGAAGCAGUGUGGGGAUGCUUCAGACCCAGGAAUGGACAUGGAGGAGUUUUGCAGUGAGGCUUUCCAGAGGCCUUUCCAGUACCUGAAGAGGUUUGACCAGGGGCACAACCUGGACACGUUCUGUUACGAAGAGCUGUCAGUGGAAGGGAGCCCAGCAGAGUGCCUGCAGCAGUUCCUGCUGCACUGCGGGAUCACGGAUCCCUCCUGGUCAGAGCUCCGCAACUUCACCUGGUUCCUCAACGUCCAGCUGAGAGACUGCGAGGCUUCUGUCUUCUGCAACCCUGCCUUUGUCCAGGACACCUUGCAGGGCUUCAGAGGCUUUGUCGUCGGCUUCAUGAUUCUAAUGGCGAGGGACUUUGCGACCCCCUCCCUAAACAUCUCUGACCAGAGCUCUGGAAGGCAGCCCUGCAGCCUGGAGGACGUGGCAGAAGAGGAUCUCCUCCCGUUCCGCGUCCGCAAGAGGUGGGAGGCCGAGCCUCACCCCUACCUGUUCUUCAACUCGGACCGCGUGUCCAUGACCUUCAUCGGCUUCCACUUCCAGCCGGGCGCCGGCGGCGUGGACGCCGUCAGCCCUCUGAAUGGCGCCGUGAUCAAGAGGAGUGUGAUGACUUCCCAGCUCUACAGGGGCUUGAUGCUCCAGCGAGUUCCCUUCAACGUUGCAUUUGACCAGUUGCCCCGCCACGAGAAGCUGGAGAGGCUGUGCAUGGUUUUGGGGAUCCCUUGGGUGAUAGACCCCGACGAGACGUACGAGCUCACGAUGGACAACGUGCUGAAGAUCUUGGCUAUUGAGAUGCGCUUCAGGUGCAACAUCCCCGUGGUCAUCAUGGGCGAGACGGGCUGCGGGAAGACCCGGCUGAUCAAGUUCCUGUGCAGGUUACGCAGGAGCCACGUGGAGGUGGAGAACAUGAGGCUUGUAAAAGUCCAUGGAGGUACCACUGCAGAGAUGAUUUAUGCCAGGGUCCAGGAGGCAGAAGCCCUUGCCAAAACCAUUAAGAAGGAGCACGGGUUGGACACCGUCCUCUUCUUCGACGAAGCCAACACGACGGAGGCCAUCAGCAGCAUCAAGGAGGUGCUGUGUGACCGCACGGUGCGGGGGAAGCCCCUGGACCCCUGCUCCGGCCUGCAGAUCAUCGCAGCCUGCAACCCUUACCGUAAGCACACCCCAGGGAUGAUCCAGCGCCUGGAGCUGGCUGGCUUGGGCUACCGCGUCGCGGCAGAUGAGACGAAGGAGAAGCUGGGAUCCAUUCCCCUGAGGCAGCUCGUGUACCGCGUGCACGCGCUCCCGCCCAGCAUGAUCCCCCUCGUGUGGGACUUCGGGCAGCUCAACAACUUCACCGAGAAAAUGUACAUCCAGCAGAUAGUGCAGAGGGUGGCUGAGCACGUGUCGCUGAGGCAGCCUGAGGCACAGGUCAUUACAGAGGUGCUCUUUGCUUCCCAGCAGUACAUGAGGCAGAGGGGGGACGAGUGCUGCUUCGUCAGCCUGCGGGACGUGGAGCGCUGCAUGGAAGUUUUCAAGUGGUUUCACAAGCACAGCAAACUGCUGCUGAGGGAGCUGCACAAGUUCCUUGCUGAGAAGAGAGCUCCAGAGAGCACUGAGGAGAGAAACAGCGUCAUCUGGUCCCUAGUGCUGGCGGUUGGGGUCUGCUAUCACGCGUCCUUGGAAAAGAAGGAGGUCUAUAGGAGUGUGAUCAGCCAGGUCCUUCCAGAACCCUACAACACCCAGAAAAAGAUUUUGGAAGAAAUCUCGCUGAUGCAGGACCUGUUCCUGAGUGGUGUGCACCUGCGAGAUACCAUAGCAAGGAACUUGGCCUUGAAGGAAAACGUCUUUAUGAUGGUCAUCUGCAUCGAGCUGAAAAUCCCUCUUUUUCUCGUUGGGAAGCCUGGGAGCUCCAAAUCCCUUGCGAAAACCAUUGUGGCCAAUGCUAUGCAGGGCCAAGCUGCUCAUUCAAACCUCUUCAAGAGACUGAAGCAGAUCCAUUUAGUGUCUUUUCAGUGCAGCCCUCUCUCCACUCCAGAGGGAAUCAUAGGCACUUUCAAGCAAUGUGCUCGCUUCCAGAAAGGGAAGAACUUGAAGGAGUAUGUCUCAGUGGUGGUUUUGGAUGAGAUUGGGCUGGCAGAAGACUCUCCCAAAAUGCCCUUGAAGACUUUGCAUCCACUUUUGGAAGAUGGCUGCAUAGACGACGUCCCUCUCCCUCACAAGAAGGUCGGCUUCAUCGGGAUUUCCAACUGGGCUCUGGACCCCGCUAAAAUGAACCGCGGCAUCUUCGUGUCGCGGGGUGACCCCAGCAGGGAGGAGCUCAUCGAGAGCGCCAGGGGCAUCUGCUGCUCCUCGCGAGGGGCUCUGCAGAAGGUCGAACGCUACUUCUGCCACUUCGCAGACGCGUAUGAGAACAUUUGCCAGGCCCAGGACAGGGAGUUCUUUGGUCUCCGGGACUACUACAGCCUCAUAAAGAUGUUCUUUGCCUCAGCCAAGAGCUCCAGGAGCGAGCCAACGCCCCAAGACAUCGCUGCAGUUGUUCUUCGUAACUUUGGUGGCAAAGAUGACGUCGAUGCCUUGGGAAUAUUCACCUCACAGCUGCCGGAAAGAGGAGAGAUACGAGCCCACGACAUCAGCAGGAUUGACCUGGUGCGGCAGAACAUCUACAGCAGCGGCGAGGAUGGCGACUGCAGGUACCUGCUGGUUUUGACUGAGAACUACGCGGCGCUGCAGAUCCUGCAGCAAGCUUUCUUCACCGCCCGGCACCAGCCAGAGAUUAUCUUUGGCUCCAGCUUCCCCAAGGACCAAGAGUACACCCAGAUAUGCAGGAACAUCAACCGCGUGAAGGUCUGCAUGGAGACUGGCCAAAUGGUCGUGCUCCUCAACUUGCAAAACCUCUAUGAAAGCCUCUACGAUGCCCUCAACCAGUACUACGUGUACCUUGCUGACCAGAAGUACGUGGAUCUGGGACUGGGCACCCACCGGGUGAAGUGCCGAGUGCACCCCAAGUUCCGUCUGAUCGUCAUCGAGGAGAAGGAGGUGGUGCACAAGCACUUCCCCAUCCCGCUCAUCAACAGGCUGGAGAAGCACUACCUGGACAUCGGUACUGUCCUGGACAAGGGCCAAAGGGAAACCGUGGAAGAGCUGAAGAGGUGGGUGCACGAGUUCACUGCGGCCAAUGCAGAAGAGCCCUUCGUCAGCAAGCAGAGGUACAGCCCCUCGGACGUGUUCGUGGGCUACCACGCCAACACCUGCGCCUCGGUGGUCCUGCAGACCACGGAAAGGCUGAAGCCCCUGUGUGCUCCCCAUGAGCUCGUGCCCAGAGUGAAGAGAGAGGCCCAGCUGGCUCUGCUGAGCUGUGCCACCCCGGACUCUGUCAUCCGCCUCUGCAACUCGAUGGUUUUCUUCAUGGCGAAUUCUCUGGCCAAUACCUACUUCAGGCAGCAGCAGCACACGGCGUUCGCAGACUUCCUCCGAGCUCACGUCCACGCUGGGCCCAGCUGCCAAACCAUCUUUACAGAGGUGACCACCUUCUCGAGGCUGCUCACCAGUGCUGACGCUGCUUGCCUGGAGAGGGAGGUGCAGGGUAAAGCACAGAGGCCUCGGAUCCUGUUCCUGCAGCAGUUUGACACAGAGUACUCCUUCCUGAAGAGCAUCCGAGAUUUCCUUGAUGCCACAUCAGGAAAUAAAGUCCUUAUUAUUCAGACAGACUUUGAAGAUGGCUCUCAAAGUGCCCAGCUCAUUGCCUCAGCCAAAUACACUGUUGUUAAUGAAAUCAACAAGGUGGACCUGGGAGAAGCCUCUGUCUUUGUUUACUUCAUCAUGAAGCUCUCCCGAGUGGAAAGGGAAACGUCCUACGUGGGCUUCCAUGGAGGACUGUGGCAGUCGGUGCACAUCGAUGAUCUCCGCAGAUCCAGGGACAUGAUCUCUGAUAUGACUGUCCUGCAGAACCUCUCCAUCAGCCAGAUGUUCUGUGAGGAUUCAGGUGACACCAAAGCUGCAGCUUUGCCUGUGACUGGAGAACAGGAGGAAAACGAGAUGGAGGUUGGAACACCAGUGCACCGUGAGGGUGAAAUCCUGAACACCACUGUGCUCCUGAGGACCUGUGUACAAAGUGCUGUUGGGAUGCUCUGGGACCAAAAUCAAGAUCUCAGCCGAAGCAGGAAGCGAAUUGAGAUUCUCCUCGGCCUUCUGUCCAGAGAGGAUGGCUUGAAAGCCUCUUUCCUGAAGGUAACGAAGGAUCGUCUCGCCAGCCUUCUGAAGAAGCAAGAAGAAAGAUCCUUUCACCCCAAAAACUGGGUGCUUCGGGAGGCUUCCAACCUCAGUGCUCUCCAGGAGGCAGGCACCUUCAGGCAUGCCUUGUGGAAGCGAGUGCAGAAGGUGAUCACUCCGUUCCUGGCUCUCCUGAUUGCUGCCAUAGACAGAAAUGGCAAUCUGGAGCUGCUGGCCAGGCCUCCAGCUGAGUGGGUGACAAAGCUCUGGAUGUUCAUCUUCAGUGACACAAAACUUCUGACUGUCCCUUACGGUGUGGGGAAGAGCAGCUCCCAGCCAGAGAUAAUUCUGGUGCAGAACAACAUGAUGGUGCCUGCUGAUGCUGGGAAUAAGGUGCCCUUCAGCUGGAGGAUAAAGGAGUACUUGGAUGAGAUGUGGUUGAAAGCUCAAUACAUCCAAAACACUGAAGACCAGGCUGAGAAGUUUGUGGAUAUCUUCCAGAAAACUGCACUGGGGAAAUUUAUCUCUGCCCUGAAUGAGGAAGACAGGCAGAUGCUCUUCCAGAGCUACGCUGUGGACUUCAUUGUCUUGACCGUUGGUGCAUCCUCCCCAGAGGAGCUGAAGUGCCUGCAAGUGGCCUUCUUCUCCUGCAUAGAGGAAUGGAAGGCCACGGCUGCCAGGGAGGAGACGCUGCCGUCUCUGCCGUGGGUCCACCUGAGCUACGACCGGUUCAAGAGCCGCCUGCAGAACCUGUCGAGGAUCCUGGCUGUACACCCUGCUGUGGUUGGCCACCUUCACCAGGGAGGCUAUGAAAUGCCACCUUCAGAGAUGGUUUUGGAUGUGUUGGCUGCAAUCGUGUGUGCUGAAGAGCUGGAGAGCCAAGUGCAGACCAUGCACCCAGAGGUCUGGCUGCAGAAAGUGAAGAACCUUCGGAUGCCCAUUGAAUUCAUCUGUAAAGAGAAGGAUUCACAGAGGAGUGGGAUUCAGUGCCAUCAGCUGCUAAAAGCACUCAGAGUCUACUGGAACCGGGUUUUCUCCAUGUCUCUGUUUGUAGAACACGUGUUGUUUGGCAUCGACACUCUGAUGCCAGAAUUGGAGAGUUUAGUCAAAAAAUACACUUUGCUUCUUGCAGAGUGUUUUCAGGAUGAUUCAGACAUGAAGACUCAUCCAACUUUUGUUUCAGUAAUGAAAGUACUGUGCCAGUGCAAGGAAGAAGUCAGCAACAGGCUCUGCAGAUAUGGUCUGAAGUCAUGUCCAAUCUGCCUACACGAGCCAAAGGACCCGGUCUGCCUGCCCUGCUGCCACGUGUUCUGCCAGAAGUGCAUCAGAAUGUGGCUUGUACCAGCACAGAUGCAUUGUCCAUACUGCAGAGUUGCUGUGGAGAAUGAUGAUUGCAAUGUCUCUGUGGAGCUCAGAGACGCCAUAGCAAGAAACGCCCUGUUCCGCCAGAGGUGCAAUAAUUUCUUCAUAGAUGUGGUCACCACCAUGUGCUUCAAGGACAAUGAGCCCCCUGAGGCAGAGGUGAUCCAAGAGCUCCUUAAUCUGCUCUUUGUUCACAGAAGCCUCUCGAGGAAUGGUUCAGGUCACCCUGCCAUCUACACAAAGUUUCUGUCCCCAUUUAACGAUGAAGUGGAUGAAACUCCCAUCAUCCGCUCCGUAAUGCUGAAGCUCCUCUUGAAGUACAGCUUCAAUGAAGUGAAAAAUGAUGUGCAGCACUACCUGUCCCGGGUCGAGCACAACAAGAUCCUGGAGAAAAAUGAUAAGAAAGAGCUCUACUUGCUCUUUGUCAACUGCUUGGAGGAUUCCAUGUGUGAAAAGUCUGAGGAUGGCCUUGGAUAUGAGCAUGUCAACUAUCUGCCUAGAGACAGAGUCUUUCCAGAGAACUAUCUGCCAAAGAACGAUCAAGAGACUCCCCAGGAGUCCUCUGUGGAGUACCUGCAGGCUGUGGCCAAGGUCCGCCUGUGCCUGAGUAAGGCUGCAGAGCUGCUCUUUGACUUGCAUCAGCCCAGAGAACAAGAGCAGGCAGAGGAGAAGCAGCAUUACCUGGCAAAUGUGAGGGACUUCUGUAGCCUCAGCAAGAACGACUGGCACCGUGUUUACCUGGUGCGGAGAGUUGCCAGCCAGCAUGGGAUGGAGUUUGCUCAGAAGCUGGUGGCAGAGGCAGACUUUAACUGGGUGUUCCCAGUGGAGAUUCUGCAACAGCUACAGAACAGCCAGUCAAAGCACAUCGACCGUUACCUGGUGUGUGGCGAGGAUUACCGAGCCCUGCGUGAUGCUGUGGGGAAAGCCAUGAUCCAGUGUGAGACUGAGGAUCUUCUAAAGGCAGAGAAGGCAUCUAGCAGCUCCUCAGCUGUACAAUCUGUCCAUCUGCUCCUGGCUGUUUUCAGAGAGGUCACUGCCCUGUAUGGAGCCAGUGAUUCAAGUCUUCAUCCCAAACAGCAGCAAACAGAUGCUAUGGCUGAGUUCAUCCAGAACUCCCAAGUCCUGAAUUCUCCAGACCUGCAGCACUUUGCAACUUGUCUUGUGACAAACACACUGCCAUCUCUGACAGUGGACCCUCAAAGCUUCAGCCACAGUGGAGCACUAAUUGAAAUGGCUGUUCACGCUGCUGCUGUCCUGCUCUGUGGGCAGAACCCCAUCCUGCAGCCCCUGAGGAAUCUGGCAUUCCAUCCACAUACCAUGGAGCACUCUUUUCUGCCCACAAUGCCAGAGGAUAUGGUGGCUCAGGCGAGGGCCUGGGAGGGGAUGGCCACUCUGCGCUGGUACACAUGUCCAAAUGGCCACCCCUGCACUGUAGGAGAGUGUGGCCGCCCCAUGGAAACGAGCCAGUGUGUUGACUGUGGUGCCCAAAUUGGAGGGAAGCAGCACAAACCACUACAUGGCUUUCAGGAAUUCAGGAGUCAUGAAGACAGGACUCAGACUGGCCACAUUCUUGGAGAUGCACAGAACAGGAACACAAUGGGAGUGUGUGAUCGAGCCCUGUCCCCACUCGUCUUCAUCCUCAUUCGCUUGCUCACGCAUCUGACGAUGUUGCUGGGAGCCACAAAAGACCCUCAGUCAUUGCAAAAGAUUAUCAAGCCACCAGUGCCCAACCCCGUGAGUUUCCUGCAGCGGCACAUUCAGAAGGACUUGGCACACCUGACAAAAAUUUUGGGGAAGAGUGUGGAUGACACUGUCAACAUCCUUCAUCUUGUCCUCAUCAGCCUCCUUGAGGAUGCCCAGCAGCAGCCAGGCCAGUGCCCAGUCCAGUUUGAUGAUGUGCUCUCCACCAAGGAGAACAGGAACAAAUGGGAGGAAGUUGUUGCAAAAACAGUUAUUGUUCCUGAACUGGAGGACUUGGAUAAAAAAAUUCUGCUGUUAAACAGACAAAUACAGGAGGAUGAGAGAAUUUUUUCCAAUCCACUAGUGAAGAUGGUGUAUGGUGACCCAGCCAUGUUCCUGCCCCACCUGCCAAAGGACAGUCACAUCCAUCAUUCCAAGAUGUGGAGCUGCCGGAAGAGGAUUUCAGUGGAGAACCUGGGCCACGUGGUCCAGCAAAAGAAUGCCAUGGACACUGUCCCUCUCCUCUGGAAGUUCCUGCAGAAGGAAGCAGAACUGAGGCUGGUGAAAUUCUUGCCAGAGAUUCUGGCUCUGCAGAGAGACUUGGUGAAGCGAUUUCAGAACACGACUGAUGGCAAGCACUGCUCCAUCAGAGAAUUCCUCAGUGAGCCCCUCUCGGAUGUGAUGAGGGACCUGUUGCAGAGGAGAGUGGAUGUGUUUCUGUCUGUCUGGAACAAGCUGAGAAGCUCGCUGGACACCAAUGGGGAAAUUAAGCUUCCUAAAGGUUACUGUGAUGCUGAUCUGACUCUGGACAGCAAGCUUGAGAUCCUUCUGCCACGUCGGCAGGGGCUGGGCCUCUGCUCCACAGCCUUGGCCAGUUAUCUCAUUAGUCUGCACAACGACUUUAUCCACUCCGUGAACAAACACAUCAAGGAAGAUGAUAGGUACAUGAUCAGCCUGUCAGAAGUGGCUGACCUGCACUUGAUCAGUUAUGAGGUUGAGAGAGACCUGAUUCCUCUGAUCUUGUCCAACUGCCAGUACAGCAUGGAGAAGGGAGGGGAGACAUUGCAGGACUUUGAUCUGGAGAGGAUCCAGCAGCAAGUCAUCAGCAAGUUCCUGCAGGGGAAACCACUCAUCACCCUAAAGGGAAUACCUACGCUGGUGUACAGAGAGGAUCGGAACUACGAGCAACUGUUUAACGAUGUCAGGGAUAAGGUGGAUCAGAGUGCGCUCCCCAGUUCUGUGAUGAACAUGAUCAGUGGGGAACUACAGUCCUACAGUGAUGUCUGUGAUGCUCUGUCUGUCACUGAAAUCACCUUGGGAUUCCUGGCUAUGGCUGGAGAGAAUGCUGAAAUGCUUCUGACUGACUACAUAGAAAACAUCCUGCAGAUGGGUGAUCAGACAAACCCUCUUGUACUGCAGGCCCUUAGACGAUGCCACCUAAAGCACAACAUAGCCCUGUGGCAGCUUCUGUCUACCCACAAAUCUGAGCAGCUGCUGCGCCUCAGAAGGGAUCCUUUUGUAGAUGUCAGUGCAGUCUACAAAGCUGAGCUCAGUCCAGAGAUUGCCAAGCUCCUCAACACCUACCUUGUCCACUCAAGGCUGGAAACCUUUCUGCAGGAGCUCCAUGAAAUGAUUGUCCUGAAGCUUGGACGUGUCAAAGCUGUGGAUGAACUCAGACCCACAUGGAGUCUGAAGGAAGUGCUCAUUCCCUACCUCGAUGAGAAACAGUCUGAGAUAGCUACAGAGCUACAGGAGCUGUUCCCAGAGGAGAUCCUUCUCUCUCACGCUACUGAGACCUGGAAAGCAACGGCUCAGUUCAAAAGAGAGCGCAGGGACCGCUAGGACCGGGACCACCCCUCUGUCCGGGACCACCUCUCCCUCUGAGCUUCCUCAUGCACGGGCAGUUUUAGGAGCACAAACAUCCGUGUGGGGUUGGGGUGGGUUUUGCGUACUGCCGUGAUCUGUUUUUCACUAGAGUGCGUGGCAGGCGUGUUGUGGGGCCCUGAGCCGCGUUCCUGCCGCCGGGGCAGGCCAGGGCAGGGGGCGGCCUGCAGCCAGCCGGCUCUUCAACGUAGAAUGGAAAAUCCCACCCGCCCUGGGAUGAAGAUGAAGGAUUUUUUUAACAAAGCCGCCUCCUCCCGUGCUGGGAAAGGCGCUUUCCUGGGGGGUUUGGGGUUGGAUUUUUUCAGCGUGCUUUUCUUUUGACACGAGCUGGUCCCAGAGCCGCAGCCUUGGCUCCCUUUGCCCGGGGAGGAGGCAGUGCCGCUGCCCGGGGCCGGGCGCUGCUCCUUCGCUGCCUGAGCCGCGGCCUCGGCUCCCCGCUGUUCCCCGGGGCAGGGCCCCUCUCCCGGCCUCCCCCCGGCCCGCCGCUGUUCAAUAAAGCCCAGUCAA